GGGGCUGCUGCCGCCUCGCCGAGUUCCUGCGGCUGCGGCGACGCGGAGUAUGGGGCACUGAUGGCCAUGGAAGGCUACCGGGGCUUUCUGGGGCUGCUGGUGUCGGCGCUGCUGGUCGGCUUCCUGUCCGUGAUCUUCACCCUCAUCUGGGUCCUCCACUACCGCGAGGGGCUCGGCUGGGACGCGAGAGAACCCGAGUUUAACUGGCACCCGGUGCUCGUGGUCACUGGCUUCGUCUUCAUCCAGGGCAUCGCCAUCAUUGUAUACAGACUGCCAUGGACCUGGAAAUGCAGCAAGCUCCUGAUGAAAGGCAUCCAUGCAGGGCUGAACGCCGUUGCAGCCGUUCUUGCGAUUAUUUCCCUGGUGGCUGUUUUUGAUUUCCACAAUGGCAAGAACAUCCCCAAUAUGUACAGCCUGCAUAGCUGGGUUGGACUGAUAGCUGUCAUACUCUACAUGUUGCAGCUUCUCCUAGGUGUUUCCGUUUUUCUGCUCCCUUUGGCUCCGCUUUCUCUCCGAGCGCUUCUCAUGCCCAUACACGUCUAUUCCGGACUUCUCAUCUUUGGAACAGUGAUCGCAACAGCCCUUAUGGGAGUGACUGAGAAACUGAUCUUUUCCGUGAAAAAUCCUGCCUACAAUACAUUGCCACCAGAAGGUGUUUUCACAAAUACCCUUGGCCUUCUGAUUCUGGUGUUUGGGGCCCUCAUUUUUUGGAUAGUCACCAGACCACAAUGGAAACGUCCUAAAGAACCAAAUUCUAUCCUUCUCCAGCCGAAUGGAGGCGCUCCAGAGGGAGUGGACGGCCCCACAGCAGUACACUUUGGCAACAUGGACAAAUCAGAUUCAGAGUUAAACAGCGAAGCCGCAGCCAGGAAAAGAAACAUUGCCCUUGAUGAGACCGGUCAGAGGUCCACCAUGUAAGAUGUUGUAGAGAUGGAGCCCUGUAACUUCUUUUGAAAAGUAGUUCUACGGUUUAGCUUCUCCUGUUUAGCCACAAGAUGAUUGAGCUUCCUAGAGUUUAUAUUUGUUUUAAUCAUAAUGUAGAAUUUCUUGAAAGAGUAUGUAUUGAUCGAGGCCUGUGAAUUUACCUGAAUUGGAAAGGAGAUGGUCAAUGAUAGCAGCUAUGAACUGUGGUUCUGUUACCUCUUAUUGAGGACCAAAGCAUCCUGUGCCUUACAGAGAACAGAUACUCAAACUGUGUCUGUUGGUUGGUAAAUCUGAUAAAGUAGCAGCCCUGGCAAUUUCUCCAAAACUCAACUUAGUACCAGGCUUCCCGGGGUUUGGUAUAUUUUAUGAUCUGGAUUCCAAACUUAGUUAAAAUGAGAAUAUGCCUGAAUUCUUAAGCAGUAUAAACUGCUCCCAAACCUCAAAGAGCACUUUUUCUAAACUUUCUGUGUUUUUUUUUU